AUGUUCGACGCCGUCUGGGACUACAUCAGCCCCAUCCUCUCGUCGGCUCUCGAGGACGGCAUCAACGAGAUCCUCAAAAACGUCUCCAUCUCUGACAUCAUCACGCCCGCGGAGAGACGGCUGCUUGAACUCGGCAACGCCAAUGAUUACCUGGACUUGGUGAUGGCCAACCUUGGUCCCAUGAUGGAGGCGGGGGGAAUGGACCCUGCCCCCCUCCCCCCUGCCAACCUGGACUUCGGGAUGGGCGUGGCUGACCUGCACGACGGCCAGCUGACAGGGCUGUCCACAAUCCACCGCGACGGCACCUGCACCCUCGACAGAGUGGCGGACUGGCUUUUCCUCUACGCGAACGUGGCGGUGGAGAACCUCGGGGUGCACUAUACGGGGCGCGUGGUAUCAGGCGACACAACAGUGGUAGUGGAGGUGGACACGGCCAUCAGCAGCGUGGCCCUGUACUUCGUUGCUCGAGGAGAUGUGUACAGCCUCGAAGCGGAUAUUGAUCAGUUCAUCGUCUCCGAGUUCGGGAAAAUCGACGUCCGAAUCGAUGGCCUCGGCUCACUCGACUACGUCAUGUCUCCGCUCGCCGAAGCCGUCGCCAACCUCGUCCGCGACGACGUAUCCAGACUACUGGAGACGAAGGUCAAGCAGGCGAUCCAAGACGCUCUCAACGAAACGCCUUGGCCGAUGUUCGAAUGAUUAAUUAAAGGAGAUUCAUUAAUCGAA